AUGAACCCUUCGUCGCCAGAUGUACGCAAAGCGCUCGAGUCAGUGGACUGUGUCUCACUUGAGCAUCCGGCUUCCGCGUUAUUACGCGCGUACAUCCUGGAGGCUGUUCGACCCCAGGCGGCUGCAAAUUACGCACAAAGGCGAUUGAGAAGCGAUGGACAUGCUGGUUCUCUCAUUGCUGAUUGGGUUUACGUUAUUGAUUCAGUCAUCUCGGGCACGCAGCCGCGAGCUCCCUCGCAUGUUGAGAUCGAUGCCAUUACCAAGCGAGACGGAGGCUCGCCCCGAUUCUACCUGUGCCAUCUGCGUGGCUCAAAGGAGAGGAGCGUGCACAACGCCUUCCAGCGCGGAGUCGUCAGAUUAAUACGAUUGCCUUCAUCCAUGAUAGAGUUCAGAGUUGAGCAUGUUCUUAUUGAUGAUGAGCAACCUGUUGAUGUGAACGGUGCUAUUGCUUUGCUGGGUGAUCAUUCACGACAAGGAAUUGAAAAGGCUGAUGCACGGCUAAUUGGUUCGCAUGCCCGCUUCUCUAGAAGCAUCCAGCUAGUGAAUCUCGCAAGGACUAUCGCUCCUGGUCUGUUCUCAGAGCCGAAAACCACCACGGAUGUCCCUCAACAGCAGUUCCCAGUCCGAAUGCGUUCAAGUAGCCUUGGCUUGGGAUACACCUUCGUGCGCCCAAUUAUGCUUUUGUGGCGGUUCUUUCCAUCCCAAGUUCGUAUCGCGACAUACGAUCUAUUGAGAAAACUAGGAAGCUGCUUCUACGGAAAAGAUGGCAAUGCGCAGGUUCAGAGGUUGCCUUUUGGACUAUACCUCAAGUAUAAUUCCGACUCGGAUACCCUGAGGAACGAGUAUAAUGCCAUCAAGGUCAUGGAACAAAAGACAAACAUUCCUGCACCACGAGCCUUUGAUAUAGUGUCUCAGAGUAACAACGAGGAUGAUUUGAGUUAUCUUCUCAUGAGUACGGUUCCAGGCACACCAUUGGCGAUAUGUCGGGAUUCCCUUUCUGACCAAGACUACGCCAGCCUCUCCGUCCAGCUCAAAGGCUGUGUGUCACAAAUUCGGGACAUCCCCAAGCCGGCGAAUCAUGAUAUGGUUAUCUGCAAUACUUUGGGUGAAGCCUGCCGCGAUCCACGAAUUCGAGAUUGGUCCCCCAUCGGACCUUUUGCAGAUGAAGCAUGA